CCUCGAGACACGCACUCCCCUCCUCCUUACUUAACAUCAAAUAGUGCCUUGCGGUGGUCCUCCUCUCGAUCCAGUUCCUCACCACACCAACACAACACAACCCACCGGGCCUCCCCUCUAACCUCCCCACCAGGCCACCACCCCCCUUCUCUCCCCUCCUCAGCUCCCAACAGCAAGCAUGGACAAGCAGCAGGUCUUUGGUUCCUCCUACGUGGACAUGCCUUUCUUCGCGGCCAAUGGUGCAGCCACGGCACAGGGGGAGAGCCGGCCGAGGGCGCGGCGCAGGAGGCGGAGGGCGGCGAGGUGCGGCGGAGGGGACGGUGACGGCGGGGAGAUGGACGGGGGAGGGGAUCCCAAGAAGCGGCGGCUGACCGACGAGCAGGUGCAUGGUCUGGAGCUGAGCUUCCGGGAGGAGCGCAAGCUGGAGACCGGCCGGAAGGUUCAUCUCGCCGCCGAGCUCGGGCUUGAUCCCAAGCAAGUCGCGGUGUGGUUCCAGAACCGCCGGGCGCGACACAAGAGCAAGCUUAUGGAGGAGGAGUUCGCCAAGCUCAAGCACGCCCACGACGCGGCCGUCCUCCACAAAUGCCACCUCGAGAACGAGGUGCUGAGGCUGAAGGAGAGGCUGGGAGCGACCGAGGAGGAGGUGCGGCGCCUCAGGUCGGCACCUGGGAGCCACGGAGCAUCCGGCGACGGCGGAGACGCCGCUGGCGCCGUUGGCGCGUGCGGCGGGAGCCCUAGCUCGUCCUUCUCGACGGGAACCUGCCAGCAGCAUCCGGGUUUCAGCGGCGCAGACGUGCUGGGGCCGGACGAUGACCUGAUGAUGUGCGUCCCCGAGUAUGGUGGCUACGCCGAUAGCAGCGUGGUCGAGUGGUUUAGCCUGUAUGGGCUUAUUUGAUAUUGAGACGAGCUGGGUAUCACUAUCAACUGCAUGCAGAUCGAUUACUAUUCUAGUUAGCCAUAGUGUUAAUUAAGCUGGGGUGAUCUCUAGGCGUGCCUGUUUAAUUAUGUAGAUACUGUUGAUUAAUGGCAAAAGCUUGCAAGCUAGCAAGUGUAGUACUGGUA